AUGGCAAGACUUGGUGUUGGCCUUUCCUUUUUGGUUAUCUUCCAUAUUCUUCACAUGUUUGGUGCAGCAGACUCCACCAUUGCCAGACACUCAAGCCCCACAGCUUUCAUCAAAGCCGCAUGCAGGGCCACUGAUUAUCCUGCACUGUGUGUUCAAAGCCUUGCAGGCUACGCAAGUGCCAUCAGACAUAGUGAAAGACAGUUAGCUCAAACUGCUUUGACAGUGAGCCUAGCCCGGGUGCGGUCGGCUCAAUCCUAUGUGGCCAAGUUGACUAGAGUCAGGGGGAUCAAGCCUAGGGAGUACAGAGCUGUGAAAGACUGCAUAGAGAACAUGGGUGAUAGCGUCGACCGGCUUGGCCAAUCGGUUAGGGAACUUGGCCAGACCGGUGGAGCCUUUGGCCAGGACUUCAUGUGGCACAUGAGCAAUGUGGAGACUUGGGUUAGUGCUGCUCUCACUGAUGAAAGCACUUGUCUUGAUGGGUUUUCUGGUCGUUUCAUGGAUGGGAAUAUAAAGACAGCUAUAACAAGAAGGAUCAAUAAUGUUGCUCAGGUUACUAGCAAUGCAUUAGCCCUGGUUAAUCGCUUCGCUGCAAAACACAGGGCAGCCUCAGCUGCCAAGCAGCCUUAG